AUGUCGUCGCGUACAGGACACCGCGGAACGUCCGUGGCGACUAGCCAGCGGAAAUUUCGGUCUCGAUCCGCACCAAGGUACGAUAUGGAGAAGAAAGCCAAGAAGAAAGAGCUCCGGGCGUCAGGAGCCAACAGCCUGGUCUCCAUACCCAACAGCAUGAAACUAAUGAUGCUCAACAGUGGCCUCAUAUCCUUUGACCGGGUGACGUUUAGACCAGAGACGGACGAAAAUGGUUCGAUAUCGGAAACUAUACCCGACCGGCCGGUUGAAUUGAAGAACUUUCCGAAGCUUUGCGAACAAAGAAGAAAAUUUCCUGUUUUAUACAAACUUGAAUUCCAGACUGCAAUAAAGGUAGAAACACAUUCUUGCCGUCACGCAACAAAGAAAACAAAUUUACAUAAAAAUCAAAACCAGAAGGUUAUACCAUACGACUACAAUAGAGUGGUGCUGGAAACAGUAGACCGUGAACCAGAUUCUGAUUAUAUCAACGCUUCGUACAUAGACAGUACAUUAAAGCCAAACGCUUACAUAGUAACACAGGGGCCAACUGAGGAGACUGUAGUGGAUUUCUGGCGCAUGAUUUGGCAGGAGAGGGCUGCUGCAAUAGUGAUGCUAACCAAAACUUUUGAUUUCAUAAAGGUUAUGUGUGUUCAAUACUGGCCGCCUAGUAAAGAAAAAGAUGAGAAGUAUGGUGACAUCAGUGUUGGCAUCGUACAAGAAGAAGAGUUGGCGAACUUCCACAUCCGUACAUUUAGGCUCUAUAAGAGCGAAAAAGAUGUUAUUGUAGAAGAGCGCUACAUUCUGCAGUUUCAUUAUACUCAAUGGCACUCUCAUACAUGCCCCUUCAGCAACGCGUUACUUGAGUUUAGACGGCGGGUAAGGGCUGUCGUCGGAAGAAGGUUGGCAACAAACACAGCUGCGGGUCCAAUGGUAGUUCACUGCAAUGAUGGAGGAGGACGCUCAGGUGUGUACUUAGCUAUCGAUGCAAAUCUAGAACUAGCCGAAGAAGAAGACUGCUUUGAUGUAUUUGGAUAUUUGAAGAAAUUGCGUCAAUCUCGUAAAGGACUUAUAGAAAAUGAGGAGCAAUACAAAUUCGUAUAUGAUACGUUAGAGGAACACGUCGUUUGUGGUAUAUCAUGGUUCCCAGUGUCUGAACUUUCCCAAAGAUUGAAACAGAAAUCUCAAAGAGAUCCAGUCACUAAACUUAAUGAAUAUCAAAAGGAAUAUCAACAAAUCUGUAAACAGACUCCAAGAUUCACCAUUGGUGACUGUGCUGGUGGUCAUAGGGGAGAUAAUAGAGAAAAAAACCGCGACGUAUUAGUAGUUCCACCCGAUAAUUUUCGUCCAUACUUGACGUCCUUCCAAGGAAAUAGUUUUACUGACUAUAUCAAUGCUGUAUUUGUCGAUGGUUAUACCAAGCCCCGGGAGUACAUAGUUACAGAAUGGCCUUUAAUAAGAACUCAAGGAGAAUUUUGGUCCUUGGUUUAUGAUUAUGAAUGUGCUGCAGUAGUCGUGUUAUGCGUUCCUCCUAAAAACUCUCAACAAUAUCCUCCAUUUUGGCCAGAAGGUCGACAUUCUAAGAAAUACGGUCCAGUGUUCACAAUAGAUCAUGUUUCUCACAACCAUUAUACGAAUAUCAAAACAUGGAUAUUUAGAAUUAAUAAAAAGAUUGUCUCGCUUACGGAGUUAAUGGCUGGUGUAAAGGCUCCCCCAAAAACGGUGCAGUUGUUCCAACUAACAUGUUGGCCAAUGGGCCAUAAAGUACCUUCUUCCACCAACUCACUUGUAGAACUCAUGAAUAUGGUAGAACGGUGGCGACAGCGUACUGACUAUGGCCCGGUUUGUGUUGUGUCACCGGAUGGAAGAAGUCGCGCGGGUGUGUAUUGCGCAGCGAAUGCCUGUAUCGAACAAGUGAUCCAACACGGCGAAGUGGAUGUGUUCCAAGCCGUCAAAACCGUACGACGUCAUCGGCCACAACUUGUCGAAAACAUGACCGAAUACAAAUACUGCUAUGAUCUCGUGCUACACUAUGUGUUGCACUAUUUAAACAAAGAUAUGAAUGAAAAGAACCCUACAGCAGUUCCACGCGAUAAGCGCCAACAGCGCCCCUUACGUCCUCGUCGUGGUUUGUCACUUGAUCGACUUCUCCCUUCUGCCUCACGUCCACCGCUGCCACAUGCUGCUACAGUUGAAGCUCCUCGUCGGCCACGUCGUGACAGACCACCGCUACGACGCUCUAUACGCCUCGAAGACGAAGGAGCAGCUGAAGAACGUCGUCGCGUAUUUGGUCAUGGCCCUCGUGCCCCUUCCUUUGACGAAGGCGAUGUAAGUGAUCAUGACGUAGAGUGUGAAUGUCGUAGAUCACUCGAGCGUUCGGGACCCUCCGCCGAAACGCAAGAAGAUGAAGACGAAUACGAACCAGAGUUUGUCACCUCCCCCCCAAUUGAAACUUUACCUAAAGCUUAUCCGCACAUGCGUGGUGUUUCCUCGGACCGUGUACUUGACAGGAGGGAUGGUGCACUUGGUCCCCGAGGGCCUGCACGAGCUCAAUCACAAGGUAUCUUCGAGCGCCGGUUGCCAAAAAUAUAUAAACUAGGCUUGAUGGAUAAAUCAAAGCGAGCAAGUUCCAGUGCACUUUAUGAGCGUACCGAUCAAUCUCCUACUGAAGCGUUUUACAAUGCUACCGGAUCAACACGCCUAAGCUCACAGGAGCUUUUUGAGAAAUUUUGUUCCGAAGACUUUACCUCACUUUACGGCCGAGAAGAUGAUCGACGUUACCGUCCACCGCAUUCAAAAUCAACAGGUAGUAGUGGCUCAGAUGUACGACAUGAGCGCACUUGUUGCAAACGAGUGCCAUGUGGCUCUCAACCUGCACUUACUCGGCGUCAAAUAUACCAUGCCCCUCGUUCUGAUUUGUCAACCGACUCAGAAGAAACAUCGCCACGACGAACUGGUUUACGUCCUCUACCACUUGAAAGUAGCACUCAGACAUCAGAAGAUUGUUCACGGUCUGCACCUCUUCUAAGUCCAGACAGGUUUGAACAGCGCUUCACAUUUGAUAUAUCAGAGAGAAGUGAAGUCACUUCUAAUCGUGAUGAAACUCCAUCGGAUGCUACUGAAACAAGAAAUCUAACUCUAUAUGAAGAGCCUUAUUCCGAUCGCACAAGCUUAUGUGAAUUAUAUGAUGCAGCUUUUACGUCCCAUAGACCAUCUUUUCGACGAGAUGGGUCAAAACAUCGUGUGGGGCCAUUUGACUUAAGUGCCCUAGAUUUUCGGCCAAUUGAUGAUGAAAGCCCGCGGGUCAGUAGACGCACAUCACAACGCAGCGUUGAUGACACUUUUCGUCAAACCUCAGAAUCACGUAGUUGGCCUUCAGAAUCGGUUUUUGCAACGCCAGAACGACAUGCUCCUGAUACAUCACCGUCUUCGACUGGUACGCGACGCUAUCUGUCAGUUCAAGGUGAUUCUCCUCGCGCGGAUUCUGCUGCAGCUGACUCUACCCUUGCAGAAACGACAGUUGCCGAAGAACUACCUAGCGUAAUAGAACGUUCUGAAUACGCACUAGCUCUGAAACUUGGACGAAUAGAUUUAGACGAAACGCCAGCGCGGCCAGCGUCUACUCCCGCAGCUGAUAGUGCAAGGCUAUCUAGUAGACCGUCAAUGCAUAAGCUUGAACCCAUAGAGCCCGAACGACUUUGCGGAGCUGGGGGCAGCGAAAGCGAAGCUGAAAGCACGCGUACAAAUUUGCCAGUCGUAGCACCGAAACGAAGGCGCGGUGCAAGUGAACCACGCCGUUCAGCGCGAUGUUUUCCACUCUGA